AUGUUUUUAGAUUGCAAUAUUAUUGAAAACAGUGAUGAGGAUGAAACACCAAACAUUUGUUUAGAUACUUUCGGCUUGAGCGAAGAAUUAGAUUAAAAAUAAAAAUAAGUCCUCAAGAAAAAUAAAAAUUAUACAAAAAAUCUAGGAGUAGGGAAUGCUUAAUAUGAAUCCCAUGAUAUUGAUUUGAGUGCAUUUGUUAUCGAAAAGCAAACUUUUAUAUAAGAUAAUGAAUAAUUAAGAGGAUCUAUUGAAUUAAAUGUAGACCCUUAAUUAUUUGAUGUUGCUUAAUUUGAUCCAGUAUAGUAAUAAGAAGAAGAAGAUAAACAUGAAUAAAUUACCUAAACUAUAUUUAAAUAACAAAAAGAAGAAAAUAAACUAAAUUUAUAAUAAUAACAAUAAUAAUAAUAAUAGCAAUAAUAAUAACAAUAACAAUAAAAGAUAUAAAAUUAGUAAUAAUAAUAAUAACUAUAGCAAUAACAAUAAGAAUCACAAUAAUAAUAAGAAUAAUUGGAAUGCGUUAUUGAUAUAUGUAAUUUUGAAGAAAUUUCUGUUCAAGAUCUAAUAGCUAUUCCUCCUAUAUCUCCAUAUGCUGAAAAAAUUACCUAAAUACAUUUGCCAGAUUAUUUACAUAAUUUUCUUAUUACUCCUAUCCCCACAGAAGGAAUGUUUUAAUGCACAAUAUAAAGAGACAAAUCUGGACUUAACAGAUUUGUUCCAAAAUACAGAAUGUAUUGGAGUCAUAAUGGUUAAUUUUUGCUUGCUGCAAAAAAGGAUGGAGAUUUUAAGUAGAAAGAUGAGUUGCUGAUGUUAGGUAAAGUUGUAUAAAGCUAAUAAUCAAAGGCGGAUUAUAAUUUAUUUGAUAACGGAGUAAAAAAGAAGGAUCAAAGUAAAUUCAAAAAAUAGAGGACAUAAUUAGGUAGUGUGUUUUUUGAUACUACUUUUGAAAGUUAGACUCGACCAAGGAAAAUAGUUUUAGCAUUAAGAAAAAGUGAAAAGGAAACCCUAUAAUUUGUUAGUCGUAAACCUUAGGUUAUUAUAGCAGGCGCAUAAAAAUUAUAUACUCUUGAUUUCUUCGGAAGAGUGAAAAAACCAUCAAUAAAGAAUUUUUAAUUAGUCCUAAAAAAUGAUGAUAAAGAUGUGAUUUAUGUUUAAUUUGGAAAAAUUGAUAAGAAUCGAUUUAAUUUGGAUUUCAUGAGUCCUUUAAGCCCUUUAAUAGCUUUGUAGUUGGCGUUAUGCAAUUUGAAUUUCGCAGGGAAAGCAUGAUUUUAUAUUUUUGAAUUAUUAGUAUAUAUAUAAUCUUGUAA